AUGGGUUCCGGCAAGAGUUCACGGUUUAAAAAGGCAGACUUCGCAAAGCGUGAAGGCACGCCUGACUCAGACGAUGUAGCUGCCCAUAGGCGCAAGAAGCCCAAGAUCAACUACAACGAGGACUCAAUGUUUGGCGAACUGGAUGAUGAAGUUGAUGAGGAUGAUGACGAGGCUGGCUUGGAUGGUGUGGUGAAGCUGGAUUCUGGUGUAGAGUCUCCGGAUGAUGAUGGUUCGCCCAGACGUUCUAGAAGGAGCCGAAAUGGGUCUGCAAAGGCAGAGGAGGAUGAAUACGUUGAGGGUGACGACGAUGACCCGGAACCCGAUCAGGAAGGAUCAGAGUACUCGUUUGAAAGUGACGAUUCAGAGGCGCGAGCCGAGCGCCGCCGUAACAGGAUCCCCAGUUUCGUGGUGAAAGACGACGAAGACAACGACGAUGAGGAUGACGAAUAUCGAUUCGAUCGCCAAAGAUCCCACAAACGGUCGCAAAAGCGCGGGAGAUCUGGACGGAGAGGAAGGCCUCGCACCAAAGUGCGGGACGAUGAAGAAGACUCCGAAGAAGAGGAGGAGGAAGAAGAGCCCUUAACUCUUGCGGACGAGUUGAACGAUCUUCAGGACUCAGAACCUGAUUCACCCAUCGAAACUCGCAAGAUCCAACUUCGUCAGCGCAAAGAGGUCAACUACACGCUGCCCCCACCAAUAACCAGCGAGGCUCAACUCGAACUGGCUGCUGCUCCAGUCCCUUCGCCUUCUAGACGUCGCGCGAACGGCAACUCAGGAGCUCUCAGAAGGCUGUUCCCCACGUCAGGACCUUUUGGAGGCGGUGAUGUGGCUUCUGUGUUUGGCCAGAAUAUUCCAGGACUAGGAGCUGCUGCUACUGUUGGAAACGUGGACUCCUCAGAUUCAGACGAUGAAGAGUUGUUCAAGGCAGUGACUCCUGGAAAUGCUCGGGGUUUCGCACCUAUUGGUGUUCAAAAGAAGAAGAAAAAUACAUUGGCAGACACAGAUCCGUUGGGAAUUGAUACCAACAUCGAUUUCUCGGCUGUUGGAGGCCUUGAGAACUACGUGGACCAGCUCAAGGAGAUGGUCAUGAUUCCACUGUUGUACCCAGAACUGUAUCAGAGAUUUGACAAGACGCCUCCACGUGGAGUUCUCUUCCAUGGUCCUCCAGGAACAGGUAAGACUCUCAUGGCCCGUGCUCUUGCUGCCUCCUGUUCUACCGGAAACCAGAAGAUCACCUUUUUCAUGAGAAAAGGAGCGGACUGUCUUUCCAAAUGGGUUGGUGAAGCGGAACGGAAUCUGAGAUUACUUUUUGAAGAGGCCAAGAACCAACAACCCAGUAUCAUUUUUUUCGAUGAAAUAGAUGGACUUGCACCUGUGAGAUCUUCUAAACAAGAGCAGAUCCACGCUUCCAUAGUUUCAACUUUACUUGCUUUAAUGGACGGUAUCGACAACAGAGGCCAAAUCAUUGUUAUCGGAGCAACGAAUAGACCUGACAGUGUGGAUCCUGCCCUGCGGAGGCCGGGUCGGUUUGAUCGCGAGUUCUACUUCCCUCUACCUGAUAUGGAUGCUCGUAAGAAGAUUCUGACCAUCCAGACCCGCAAAUGGGAGUCUCCACCAAAGCCCGAGUUCAUCGAAAAGCUAUCAAUGCUUACGAAGGGCUAUGGAGGUGCUGAUUUGCGUGCUUUGACUGUGGAGGCGUCUUUGAACGCAAUUCAGCGCACUUAUCCGCAAAUCUACGAGUCACAGGAGAAGCUCAAGCUUGAUAUAAACAAGAUCAACGUGACUGCACGCGACUUCAUGCGUGCUCUUGACAAGAUCAUUCCUUCUUCAGCAAGAUCGAGCUCCUCUUCCUCUUCACCGCUACCCAAACCAUUAGAACCACUUCUUUCCAGAUCCUUGGGCCAUAUCCUGAGCAAGCUAGAUCGACUUAUUCCUAGAGACAAACAGCCUACUCAGCUGGAAGAAGCCAGAUAUGUUGAUUUGUUUGAAAGAGAUGCUGAUAGCGGCUUCCAUAGACAAGAGGUACUGGAAAACAUCAGUCGUGCUCGUUGCUUCAGGCCCCGGUUGCUCAUUCGCGGAGGGAUUGGAAUGGGACAAACUUAUAUUGGAAACGCAAUUUUGCACCAUAUGGAGGGCUUUCACGUCCAAUCACUAGAUCUUUCAAGGGUGUUUGGAGAUCCAGCUGUGAGCCCGGAGGGAGUAAUCAUUCAGACCUUUAUAGAGGCUAGACGACACAAACGGAGUGUGAUAUUUCUACCUAGUCUGGAGAUCUGGCUCAGUACAGUUCCUGCAACAGCCAAGUUAACCCUGGCUAGUUUGCUGAGGUCACUGACUGCGACAGAGCAGAUUUUGGUCUUAGGAAUCUGUGAAAUGAGUGACUUCGAAAGCAAAGAGCUGGUCUAUGAGGCCGAUGAAGUCCUUGGGUUUGGAAGCAGUAUCGUGGACAUUUUGGAGCCUUCAAAAGAGGAAAGGGAGGAGUAUUUCGAGACUCUCUGGUCGGCCCUGAAGAUGGACCCAGCUCAAUUUAACGAUCUUGAUUCACGACCCGUGAGAGAUAUUCCAAAGUUGGAGGUCAUUGAGCCGGUAGCAGCUUCUUCGGAAGAUGCAAAUACAAAGCGGGAGAAGAAACGCCUUGAACGUCACGAUAUGCGCUUGAAGAAUACACUCAAGAUCAGACUAAGUGGCUUGAUGGAUCUGUUCAAGAACAGGUACAAACGCUUCAAGAAGCCUACUAUCGACGAUAUGUAUUUGAUUCACCUAUUCGAUGAGUCUGUUCCACCUCCAAUUGAUCCCCUCACCGGUGAGCCCCUCGUUCAACAGCCAUAUGUAAAAGAUGGGGAGAUGAUUUUGGAAGUGAGCACUGGAAAACACUAUUACAAUAUUGAUUUGGAUAUAAUCGAAGAGAGAUUAUGGAAUGGCUUCUACUGUGAGCCCAGACAGUUUCUAAAGGAUAUUGAGAUGAUUUAUAAGGAUGCCCAGGUUUUUGGAGACCGCGAGCGUCUGCUCAAGGCCAGCGAAAUGUAUGCCAAUGCCCAGGUUGGCGUUGACGAGAUUUCAGUGCCGGAGUUCGUUGCUGAGUGCCGCGAGAUGCACGUACGGGAAACGGAGAGACAAAAGGAAUGGCUCUUAAAGCAGCAACGGCCGAUUGUUAUCGAUGAAGAAAGUGGCGUUGAAAACGGAGAUAUUGAGAACGGGAAUAGUGAAGUCAUUGAGGUGGAUGAUGGAGAUGUGACUGUUCCAGAUGCUGUUCCAGAUACUGUGACGGCCCCUGUUACUGUUAAUGAAGUUGUUAUCAAGGACGAAAGUUUACCUAUCACGGAAUCCAUUGUGAAACCAAAGACGUACCAACUAGUUGUCUCAGAACCAAAACUUCAUGAAGUCAAAACUGCUCUGCUCACCAUCUCAAAGACGCUGAGUAUUGAAAAGCUGGAGGAGGUCAAUGCUUCAUUAUUGGACAUUGUCUGGCAGGCCAGGAAGGACGUUGAUAAAACGAACGCUCUCGAUGCUAUGCUGCGUGAAGUGGAGAGACAUGAGAGGUAA